AUGAUUUCAUAUGCGAGGCCUUGAAGAAGAAGAAGCCAUUAUAAACUCGACUCCAUCAUUGUAGUCAUUGUCUACCCUUCAUAUUUUUCAUUUCACUAUUUACACUUCUCUACAACCUGAAAUUAUUCUGGUUAAUGGCCAAAUCGUCCUGCCCUACUAAUUUACUGGGGACGGUUGUCAAUUCAAUAAGAAGAAGGUCAGAUUGCUGACUGCAUCGUUACGUUUGGGGCUUCAAAACAAAUUCAUAUAAAACCGAAGAUGUACACAAUGAAAGGUUCCAGUCAAGAUCGUAUAAGACAUCAUUGCUCUACGUGUAACGAAGAUUUUGAAUACGCUAUAUUACUAUACGCACACGAGAGGAAAAAUCAUCUUGAAAGAACAAGAUCUAUUGAGUAUCGCUGUUCAUGGUGCGGGGCGAAAUGCCGUGAUAAACCAAAAGUCGCGGAUCAUAUGCAAUGGCUUUAUGAUGACGAUGCGCCGUUAGUGACCGCGUAUGGAAUACGGUGCAGCCCGGCAUUACAUAGGUGUACAGUCUGUGACAAGAGAUAUUUUUUGAAAAGAAAUCUUGAAACUCACAUACUCAGAUAUCAUUCAUGUUCCGAUCCAAACUGCGUAGGCAGUGAGAUAAAGUUUACACUCGACACUGACUUUAAGAAAUAUAUAAACCUUGACAUAACUCAGGCAUCAACAAACAAGAAGAAUUCGCUUUUUACGAUCGCAAAAGAACAGCAGCACCAGCAGUUGCAAUUACAAAAUGACAAUAUACAAGAAAUGGGCAAUGGAGACGUUAAGCUCAGUGUUAAGGAGAAGUCUGCACUACAUGGAUUUUCUUUUGUUCUUAUUUUUAAGGUUUUGCUCAUUAUCGCUCAUUUAUCGCGGAGAUAGUUUUACACCCACCAUUGAUAAAACAUCCAUCUCCCACUCAUGAGAAGUCCCACUCUUCCCCAACAGAGAUUCUAUUGAUCAUCAUAGACUAAAUUUGUUUGCAAUCGCUUUUUCACAAACUAAAUUUUUGUGCAAGUUUUCAUUUUUCAACAAUUUAUCCUGCAUAUAUAACAUAUAGUACUUUGCCACUGGGGACAUGAGGGUAAGCAUUGAAUUGGAUCGCAUUCCAUUCCUUUGCUUUGUAUUCUUAUUGUAUGAAUAGACGUUGGUUAAGGUACCAUUUAUUUGAGAAUGAAAUGAAAUAACGUCUUUCGAAAAUUCUUUAGUUUUAGAAGGGCAUUGUAACAAUUAAUACGAUUCAUCUACUAAAUAAUCGAUGACGAGGAACGACCUCACUUAGAUAUAAAGAAUUUAUUUUUAUACAAAUCAUUUUCCAUUUCCACAGAACAUGCAAGGUUUUAUCAGAGACAUUCUGAAGUUUAUUAGGUUUCUUGUGUAUUGAUUUUUAUAAACUUAUAACGUCAUAGAUGUUUGUGUGUAGCUAAAUAUAGUUGCAUUAUAAAAUAUUUCUGAACUGUAUCUUCUAUAUAAUUGCCUAAAUUAUUAAUAGAAAAGUUUGCUCUAUAUCAUACUGGAUUUUCCACCAAAUAAAUGAUCUUGCUUUCCGUAAUAAAAAAUUUUUUUAAAUAA